AUGCUGUCCCGAGUGGAGCGAUUCUUUGAAUCACCUUCUCGGAUGGAUCUCCGAAUACAACUCAAAAAAGAGCAGCCUGUCUAUACAAAUGAAGAUGAGGUUUCUGGUCAUGUUGUCCUGCGCAAUGAAGCAGAGGUCGACAUCACCAAAAUAACUAUCAAGCUUUCAGGGUCAGCGACAUCAAGACUGGACUCAGGGAAGCUCACUGAAUUGCAUGAGCUUUUCAAGAGAAAUAAACAAGUAUUUCCUCCCAGCCACUGUGCGAGCUGGUUCACAUCGGGAGACCUGACUGUCUCUCCGGGUGAGCACGCUUUUCCAUUUUCUAUUAGGUUUCCUCAGGUAUCGGAAUGCUACAAGGCGCACACUACAGAUAUCGCCCGCAAACGAUCAGCAAGCCGGCAGCCACGACAUCUACUGCGAAAGCUUCCACCUUCCACCGGUGAUAGGACCACGCCUGAGGAGAUCAAGUCAAUCGCCGCCAGUCCUAAUACGGUGCCACAGGCCCGCGAUGUAUAUUUCCAUCCAAUUUCUGUUUUUAGUCCCCCACUGCAUAGUUUGGCAGUCAGAAAGGUCCUCAUUUGCAGCCCGGACGGAUCUAACAUCUCUUCUUCUUCGCCACUGACCUACGAGAUUGUGGCCGAGCUCUUGCAUGGACCAUUCCUGCUGCUAGGGCAUCCGAUCUCGCUAAGGGUGAAAGUAUUGGGCUUUAAAUUGGAUGAUAGCAACGUUGCUGCAUUGCUGCAUGAUUUCCAGUCCAUGCUCAUCGAAAAUACGGAGGUCCGAUCAUGCGGAUCGACCCAAGUUCACAGCCGGUCUUGGAUCACUCAGACAAUGUCAAAUCUGCGUCAACCACUUGUGGUCGAGGACAGUCCUGCAUCUGAAUCAAUAUUGACGCUCAAUGACACUCUAUGGAGUCGGCAUUGUGUGCCCCUGCAUCUGACCCCGACAUUUGAAAUUUGUAAUCUUAGCCGGAGCUACCAUCUCGUGGUCAGGCUUGGGAUUGAGGUUGUUAGGAAUAACGAUAUUGGAGUUUCAGUUUCCAGUCUAUAUUUUAUCGCCCUCAUACUAGAUCCCCCUUCAUCGGAAACCCGGCAACUACACUGUCCUGAAAUACAGGCCCUUGAAAAGGAGUUGGAUUUGGAGAGUGCAUGA